UACCUCGCGCACCCGCCGCGAGGGGACGCGAGCUUUACGAAAGAGCGCAUGACGUGAGUGACGCUGCAGCCGGCGUGACGAGCCUCGACGGUGACUUGGCGCCCCCGUUAAAUCAGGCACCCAGGACCAGGAGGAGCCCAGCCAGGGGACAGAAGGAGACCGAACACCAGAUAGGACUAGGAGAGGGGCUGUCACGGCCAACGCCUCCCCUGCCUGCAGAGCCUCUCGCGUCGCCGGCCGGCGUAGGAUCUACCCAUGGGCUGCGCGUCGUCGUCGCCGUCGCCGUCGAAGCGUGAGCAGCGCGCACAGGGGUACCAGGAGCCCGCCGUCCUCGCUGCCGAGACCUCCUUCACGGCGAACGAGGUGGAGGCGCUGUACGAGCUCUACAAGAAGCUCAGCUACUCCAUCUUCAAGGACGGCCUCAUCCACAAGCUUAGGGAGAUGGUGGUGGCACUUCUCGAUGAGUCGGACCUAUGUCUCUCGGAUAGCGCCGUCGACGAGAUCGUUGACUAUACGUUCGGUCAAGCAGACUCGAACGGUGAUGGGAGGAUAGACCCCAAGGAAUGGGAGGAGUUUGUCAAGAAGAACCCAACGUCACUCAGGAACAUGUCACUGCCCUAUCUCCAGGACAUCACGACGUCGUUUCCGAGCUUUGUAAUGCAUUCGGAAGUCGAAAAUUACGAUGGAGUCGGCAAAUAACCAGGCAGAGCCUUCCUAACCUGAAGCAUGCAGGGGUUGUCUGAACAAUGAGCAGCAACUACUGAGUGACUAAUAUUACCAUACAGUAGGAGUACUAGUGCGUUGCACGUAUGACCACAAAAAUAAAGUUCUUUGUACAUCUAGUUAUGAGACACAGUUGCUAAGUGGAUCAUACCUACAAGCAUCUUCUUAACUCGUCUUUUUUUUGAUAGAUUUUGCAAAAGUUGCGAAGGAUAUCACAAAAUAUGAACAAAUGUGCAAAAGCUAUACAGUGGUGUCAAAAGUUGGUUA